AUAAUGACGUUGUCUUUCUGUUGUGCGGCCAAGGAGUGCGAGAGAGGGUUGGGUGUUGGGUGUGUUUGGACAAGCUGAUAUCGGUAUAAGACACACUUAUCAGUUAUCUCGAUGACCUCGAUAUAGCGUCAGUGUGGCCUUGUUAUCUUCCGAUGAUAGCGUGAACUCCAGUCGCUUGGUGGAAGCGGAGCGACUCGGUCCGUGUUUCGCUUUCUAGCCGGCUCUCCAUUAGCUAACUUCGAUUGUGCUUGAAACCAGUGUGAAGGUCUUGUGUUUUUUCAUAGCUAUUCACCUCAAAAUAUCAGAACUAUGGCGUGGACGUCUUAUCAACUGUUUUUGGCUGGACUUAUGGUCGUCACAGGCUCAUUGAACACACUUUCAACAAAAUGGGCUGACCAGCUGAAGAGCAUCAACAGCGUAGGCGAGCUGGUCCACUUCAACCAUCCAUUCCUACAAGCAACGUCCAUGUUUGUAGGAGAGUUCUCUUGCAUGUACGCCUUCUUCAUGUUCUACUUCAUCUUCAAGCACAAAGGUGGCGAGGAGCGAGUGCAGGCCAGCACGCUGACGGGCGGCAACCGGCAGUUCAACCCGCUCAUCUUCCUGCCGCCGGCCAUGUGCGACAUGAUCGCCACGUCCACGAUGUACGUCGGCCUGAACCUGACGUACGCCUCGUCCUUCCAGAUGCUGCGAGGCUCUGUGAUCGUGUUCACCGGCCUGCUGUCCAUGUUCUGCCUGGGCCGGAAGCUGAACGCCCGCCAGUGGGCCGGCAUUGUGUUCGUCAUCAUCGGCCUGGCCAUCGUGGGCGUGUCGGACUUCCUGCUGCCCUCGGACGAGGAUUACGACACCUCCAACGUCAUCCUCGGCGACGCGCUCAUCAUCGCCGCCCAGGUGGUGGUCGCCUGCCAGAUGGUCAUCGAGGAGCGCUUCGUCAGCUCGGCCAACGUCCCGCCGCUGAUGGCCGUCGGCUGCGAGGGACUCUUCGGCUUCGUCGUGCUCUCCAUCCUGCUCUUCCCCAUGUACCACAUCCACGUGAACUCGACGUUCAGCUCUUCGCCCGAGUACCGGCUGGAGGACGCGCUGGACGCCUUCUACCAGCUGGGCAACAACUGGCAGCUGUCGCUGGCCUUCAGCGGCACCAUCAUCAGUAUCGCCUUCUUCAACUUCGCCGGCAUUUCUGUGACCAAGGAGAUUAACGCCACGACGCGGAUGGUGCUGGACUCUGUGCGUACGCUGGUCAUCUACCUGGUGUCGCUGGCACUCGGCUGGCAGGACUUCCAGUACCUGCAGCCGAUCGGCUUCGUCAUCCUGCUGAUCGGCAUGUCCGUCUACAACGACGUCAUCAUCACGCCGUUCAUGCGCGAGCGCGGCUGGAUUGCCGCUGACCCGGAGGAGAGCGAACCCCCGAAGGACGACUCGCAGGAGGAGCUGGCGGCCUCCGGACCGGACGAUGACGCCGCAGUGUCCACAUAGAUACUCCAUGGGGACAGUAAGCGUCCACAGUGGACAUCGUGUCCACACAGAGCAGGCUGUCCACCUGGGGGCAGCUGUCCCAAUAUCCACACUGGGCGGCGCUGUCCUAUACAGGGGUCAGCGCCGGUACGCAGGGGCCAAUGCUCGUCCCCUUGGUGACACUGCAUGGGCUGGUCUGGCAGGGUGUGUGGAUAUGUGAAGUGAAUUCUGUGGGCGAAAGGUGGCAGCUCAGAGUGCGGUGUCUAUCUGAAUGGAUUUCAGAUGAUAUUAGCGUUUGUUGAAAUUUUGCACCCACUGGUUGACAGUUAUGUUGUUUGUUUUCAAUUACAUUAAAGGAUAAUUUCUUUCAAGAGCUGUUAUUAGUAAGUGCUCUGUUGGCCAGUUUUCGUAUGUUGUGAAAGACUAAAGUGACAUUGAAAGCGUCGCUGAUAGUAAAAGAAGUUGAAACUGUGGUGUGAUAAGAUUGCGCUAACGUAAAAAGCUUGUUUGGUGCCUGUUUGGCUUUUGCUUGUCAGCACUAUCGUCAGGAUCUGAAGCCAAAAGGGCUUCGAAAACUCGUCGAUGCAGAGUAUUGCUGUUCGAUCGUUGAAUUAACGGAUCGGCCGAAUUGGUUUCCAGUGGUGUGGUCUUCCAGAGGGAGACCGAGAAUGGGAUACUUUAGGUUUGAAUAGGAUGUCGAGAUGCCGUGCUUUUCUCGAGCGUCAUGGCAUCAAGGAAUAGCGCCUAUUUGAUAUCGUGAUUGCCGCCUUUAAUUCACAUUGACCUUAUCGUCGAAUUCUACCGGUAUUUGAGGAAAUUCAUUAUUUAGGAUUUUGUGCAAUACAAUAAUGUGGACUUA